CUCUGGCCUAUAUGAUAAUCUAUUCUAUACUUCUAUAACUUUGCAGCCUCUACCAAGUGGGUCCUAUUUGGUUGUGAGAUGGUUGUGAGGAAGAAUUCCAACCUUUUACCCUUUCCCCAACCUUUGUGAAAUUCCAGAUAAAACUGCCCUGUCAUCAUGUUUGUCUGGAUCCAUCUGGAACCCAUCUGCUGCCCCCUCCUCACGCAGCCUGGUAGGAAUCUGGCUUGAGUUCUUCCUGCUGACCAUAUUCCUGCUAAAGCUAACAGUAGGGAUCGUGCAAUGAGGUUAGAGCAGCUUUGAAUUCUCACUGUCACACUCAUCUCCAGACCGGCCCUUUUCCUUCCUGGGCUCGUUCUGAGCAAGACUGAGGGCACCUCUGGAACUAAAGGGGUCCAGCCCUCAACACUUUCUCAGAAUCUCUCCUGUGAUACAACCAACUGGAAGAAAGAUGUCUCUUAGUCCAAUGUGGACAGGAAUGAUCCUGCUUGGGUCCCUAAAUAAUAAUCUCCGGAAUUCUGCACCAGUCCUAUCAAAAAUUCCUCUGCAGUUUGAUUUCCAAGCAAAGAAGUUCCAAGGGAAAUGGUACGUCAUCGGCCUGGCAGGGAGAAACAUCAACACUGAAAGCCUGAGACACUAUAAGAUGUAUGCUACUAUGUACCAGCUACAAGCAGACCACAGCUACAGAGUUAUCUCCAAUCUGAUCAAGGGUGAGUCCUGUGAUAUUGGGCUCAGGACUUUUGUCCCAAAGGGUCAACCAGGUCAAUUUGCCUUGGACAAUUUUAAAGCCUACGGUGUUACGAAGUAUGUGUUCAGAGUGGUGAAGACCAAUUACGACGAGUUUGCCAUACUAUUCUUUCUCAGUGUCAAAAAGAGCAAGGUGAACUUCAUGGCAAGCCUAUAUGGGAGAACAAAAGAACUCAGAUCUGAGCCAAAGGAAAAGUUCAUUGAAUUUGCCCAAGCAUUGGGCCUCUCUGAUGAAUUCCUUCUCUUCCUUCACAAAGAUGAUAUCCCAAGUUCCACAGUCUACAGCCCACCUUGGCUCCCUCUACCAAGUCCAUCUCCAUCUUUGUCCAUCUGCUGCUAAAGAAUUGGAGACACCUGGUCCCUGCUCUUAUCUGUUUCUCAGUAUGGCCAUCUUGGUUCCAUUCAACAUUUUACCACAGAGGUUGCUUGGGAUUCUUACCUCGGAUCUUUCUUCAGGGGACAAUAAAUGCAGAUUAUCAAGAACUCGAGUCUGAAUUUCUUGAAGUGGGGAAGAGAAAAUGGGACCUUGUUUUAAUUAAAAGAACAGCCAAUUGUUCAUUUUGUGCCAAGGAUACCUCUGUGCAGUGGUUUCCCUUGGAGUCCAGGGCCUCAUACUCAAAUUUUGCAGAUUCAGAAAUUCAAUUUCUUCAGUUCCCCUAGGAAUGAUAAUACUCUGAGGAAAUGAGUAUCCCCAGUAAAACUCAUAAGAGGUCUAUUUAUAAACAAACUAGAGACCCAUUUAUUACUUUAUAAUAAGAGAAGCACCUGAAAGAAGUAGCAGGGCUAGGUGUGUGACUGCAUUAUGGGCCAAUUUUCUUGAUGGUUAAAUUUGCUCAUGAGAAAUGAUUACUGAUCGGCAGAUCUAGAGCUGGAAGAGAACUCUGAGAUUUAAUCAUUAAAGAGAACAGAUUGUUAAAGAGAUAGUUGCUGACCAUCUAGAUAGAAAAGUGAUGAUUAUAGUCAGGAUGGCUUCAUCAAGAACAGGUCAUGCUAGAUUAACCUUUUUUUCCCUUUUUGGGGGGAAAAGAUUACUAAACCAAUAAAGGAAGGGAAUGCUGUGGAUAUGAUUUACCUAGAUUUUAGCAAAGCUCUUUUAAAAAAAAAAUGGUA